UGGCGACAUUUCACGCCGCAGACCCGGAAGUGACGCAGGCCGGACUGGCGGUGUGUAUCUGCGGGAUGUAAAUAAAGCGCAUGAAUCUUAGAUUUAUCAAAAAUCUGAACUCCUAAAAACAUCUGCGUGUCGCUCACGAGGUGAUGAUGAUGGAGGAGGAGGAGUGUGUGGGAGGAGAAGGAGAAGCCACUGUCCUGCAGGUCCACCUGCCCUGCGAUCCCCCUGUGUCCUGCACUGCGGCGGCGGUGGGAACCGAUCUGUCCAUGUCUGACAUCUCGCGCCUCCACGCUGAAGUGUGUGAGCUCAGGAGAACGGUCAGUCAGCUCGAGGAGAGGCUCAGUCAGGCGCUGGAACUGUCCAGCCAGCAGGUGUGUGGAUCUCCACCAGCACUGUGCUCCGUGUGUAAAGCUGACCUGAACCCAUCACGGGGAUCUGACCACAUGCUGCAGGACGACGCUGUGGACGGUGUGUGUGCUGCCGCUGAAUGGCCUGAUGAUGCUCCACAGGAGAGUGAAUUGAAGUGUGAGGAGGAUGAACCCAGCACUUCCGUCGGUUCACACGGCAGUCAGAACCCGGGAGAGACGUGUUCCUCACCACACACUCCUCUGAAAACCUUCAGUGCCGAAGAACAGCACGCAGAACACACUCCUCUCAUGAUGUGUUCGGUGACUCUGGUGGACUGCAGGACCAUGGUGGAGCUGAACGGAAACAUCACGCAAGAGGAGGAACUGGAUGAUGGGAGUGUUCAUGCUGAGGAACCCGAGGAACCUGAGGAGCCUGAGGAAGGCAGCGAUGAGUUUUGUCCUUCAACUCCUUUAGGAGGCCACAGUGAGUCCUGCGACGAAGAAAGCAGAUCGUCUGUGAAGCCGGAUCAGAGGAAGAAAAAGAAGAAGAGCGGAGUGAAGACCAUCUCUCCCUGCAGCAUCUGUGGUCAGGAGCUGAUGUCUGCUGCGUUUUUGACGAGACACAUGAAGAUGCACGAGAAUCGCAUGAAGCAGAAGACGCUGCGUCCUCACGUGUGCACGGUGUGUGAAAAGGGAUACCCCACGCUCUCGGCCCUCAACGUCCACAUGAAGUCCCACAGUGUGGACAAACCUUUCCGCUGCGACCUGUGUGGAAACUGCUUCAAGACCAAAGGGAACCUGAAGUGUCACCAGAGCAUCCAUACGGGGCAGAGGCCCUUCCAGUGCGCUUACUGCCAGAUGUCUUUCUACCACAAAACACACCUGAAGAAGCACGAGCGCGUCCACACCAACGAGAAACCCUACGUUUGCUCCGUCUGUGAGAAGGGCUUCAUCACCGUCAGCGCUCUGAAGCAGCACCAGAGGGUCCACACGGGGGAGAAGCCCUACUCCUGCUCCUACUGCGACAUGACGUUCGGACAGAAGGUGAACCGCGACCGGCACGAGCGGACGCACACGGGGGAGAAGCCUUUCCUGUGUGACCACUGUGGGAAGGGCUUUUCGGACCCCAGGCACUUCUACACGCACAAGCGGAUCCACGUGGGCGAGAAGCGCGAGAGGCCAUUCCAGUGCUCCUUCUGCGGAAACAGCUUCUUCUACCGCAUCAACCUGAAGCAGCACGAGCGUGUUCACACUAAAGAGAGACCCUACAGCUGCACCCAGUGCUCCAAGACCUUCGCUCGGCCCGACGUGCUCAAGACCCACCUGCGCGUCCACACCGGAGAGAAACCCUACCACUGCAGCAUCUGUGACCAGGGCUUCACCUAUCUGGGCAGCUUCAGGGCUCAUCAGAAGAAUCACACCAAGGAGGACGUCAAGCAGAACCCCUAGCAUACGCCCCGAAUCCUGCCUUCUACUCGUUCUGCGUGUGUGUGUGUGUGUGUGUGUGUGUGUGUGUGUGUGAUGCUGAAGGACUGACAGUGAAAACGGAUCGUCCAGUUUAUUUAUUUUUGGUGGUGAGACUGACACACCUACAGCGUCCGGAUACUUAUGGACCAUCAGACAGGGUAGUCACCACGCCGGCCACUGCCUGUCCUGAACACACUCACUUCAUGUCCUCUUCCUGCAGAAAGAGAGACAACACCCCCCCCACACACACACACACAUAUUGGGUGUAUAAUGUCAUGGAUGAUCAGAAGAAAGCUGAAGGUCUUCAACCUGCACUGAAGAUCUGAGAUAUACUGAGAAAAAGAAAUGAAGAGGAGUGAAAGGAUGUAAGGAGGAAGAGGAGUGAAGAUUAGAUUACAGGACAUUUUCUACACCUUCAUCAUGUGAAAUCUCAAUCAUCAGACCUACAGAUUUAACGCAACACUGCACUGAUCACACCGCAGGAACCACGAGAGGAACAUCACUGACCCCAGACACAGAUCUCACAUCCUUUACCUUCUUCACCUCUAAAGGCAAUUUCUAUUUCCUCCAUCUCUCUCUCUCUCUCUCUCUCUCUCUCAUCCACAGGUUUUGAGAGUAGAUGAAUAGAUGAUGGAAUAAAUUUCUUUUGAACAUC